AUGAAAAGCCUCUUUGCAGGACUGAGGAGUGUGACACGGUCGCCCGGGCUCAUGUCCAGCCCGCUGCUGCGACCGCACGCUCUGAAACGGUCCGUUUGGACCCCCUACAACUCGCUCUCGCCUGUGCCGGUCUCGUGCCGCUCCUUCAACUGGUCGUCUCUUAAACCCGGGUUUCUCUCCGACACGGUGCCGACCCACGUGCUGGCCGAAAAGGAACAGGCUGCCAACCGCUCGCUCAACAACCCCCAGGCCCAGCUGGACUUCUACAAGGCGCUGAUCAACACAAACUACCCCCAUGUGGUGGUGCAGCGGUACGAAUCGCCCGGCGUGGCCCGUAACGCCGACUGCGACAAGCUCUACGUGGCGGCGCUGAAAUCGCAGGGCCAGCACGACAAGGCCGAGAACAUGGAACACCGACUGCUGGGCGGCAACUUGGCCGGAAACGGACAAAAGGGCACGCGAUCAGACCCCGUCCACGUCAUCCUCAAGGAAACCACCGCCUCCGCAGUCACCAAAUGGAUCCGAUUCAUCCUGCCCCUUGCCCUUAUCGGCUACAUGGUCUGGCAGAGCAUGCAGCUGCUGGCCGAGUCGUCGCUGCUCAAGGGAUCCGGCACCUCCGGAUUCAACUCCAAGCUCAUGGACCCCACCGACGGCUCCAAGUCCACCGUCAAGUUUUCGGACGUGCACGGCGUGGACGAGGCCCGAGGCGAGCUGGAAGAGAUUGUCGAUUUCCUCAAGGACCCCUCCAAGUUCACCGGUCUGGGUGGCAAGCUGCCCAAGGGCGUGCUGCUGACUGGACCCCCCGGAACAGGUAAGACUCUGCUGGCACGAGCCGUGGCCGGUGAGGCCGAUGUCCCCUUCUACUUUGUUUCUGGAUCUGAGUUUGACGAAAUGUACGUCGGCGUGGGAGCCAAACGUGUUCGAGAAUUGUUUGAGAAGGCCCGAGCCAAGGCUCCUGCCAUCAUCUUCAUUGAUGAGCUGGACGCCAUCGGAGGCAAGCGAAACCCCAAGGACCACGCCUACUCCAAGCAGACUCUCAACCAGCUGCUUAUCGAGCUCGACGGCUUCUCUCCCUCCACCGGAAUUGUGAUUAUUGCCGCCACCAACUUCCCCCAGAUGCUGGACAAGGCUCUGACCCGACCUGGACGUUUCGACAAGAUGGUCAACGUGGAGCUUCCCGAUGUGCGAGGCCGAAUCGCCAUUCUGAAGCACCAUAUGAAGAAGGUCGAGGCUUCCCCUCUGGUUGACUGUUCAGUGCUUGCUCGAGGUACCUCUGGUUUCUCCGGAGCCGAGCUCAUGAACCUGGUCAACCAGGCCGCCAUCCAGGCAUCCAAGGAGAAGGCGCUGUCCGUGGACAUGUCUCACUUUGAGUGGGCCAAAGACAAGAUUCUGAUGGGAGCCGCCCGAUCCAAGAUGGUGCUCACCGAGGAGUCGAUCCGAAACACCGCCUACCACGAGGCCGGACACGCCCUGAUGGCGCUGUACAGCCCCGCUGCCACCCCCAUCUACAAGGCGACCAUUCUGCCCCGAGGCCAGGCCCUGGGUCUUGUUCAGCAGCUUCCCGAGCUGGACAAGUACGACAUGACCAAGCAGGAGAUGUUUGCUCGUGUCGACGUGUGCAUGGGAGGCAAGAUUGCCGAGGAGCUUAUCAACGGUGCCGAGAAUGUGACCGGUGGUUGCUCUUCCGACCUCCGACAGGCCACGUCCAUGGCAAAGCAUAUGGUCACCACCUACGGCAUGUCCGACGCAGUGGGACCCAUGUCGUUUGGUGACGAGCAGUGGUCGCAGCAUCUGCAGCAGCUGGCCGAGGGCGAGAUUCAGAAGAUUCUCUUCAACUCGGAAAAACGGUCGCGUGAGCUGCUCACGGAAAAGCUGCCGGAAUUGCAUCGCCUUGCGCAGUCGCUGCUCGACUACGAGACCCUCACUGCUGAGGAAAUCAAGCAGGUGGUCAAGGGAGAGAAACUGCCCCGAGAAAAGGGUCUAUCUGUGACGGUCGUCAAGUCCAAGGAUAUCCGGGACAACCGAGGCUCCAAGAAGAGCAAGGAUGACGACGAGGACCAGGAGGACCGGUCGUACGACGACGGCGUCCGAAUAGGUGCCGGCGCCGCCAGCGCAAAGUCGGCGUAG